AUGAGCACGCUGCUGCAAGCGCGCAGCGAGGCGUCAACAGCGCCGCACGCAACGGGGCAGCAGCGGGCAGCCGGACGGAGGUCGCCGCUUCCCGACAUCGACGCUGUCGACCGUGCAAACCCCCUGGCGGCGGCUACUUACGUCAACGACAUCUACAAAUAUUACCGGCGCGUCGAGCCGCUCUUCAGGGUGCCGGCAGACUACAUGGCGCGGCAGGCUGACAUCAACGAGAAGAUGCGCGCCAUUUUGGUGGACUGGCUGGUCGAGGUGCACCUCAAAUUCAAGCUGAUGCCGGAGACGCUGUUCCUGACGGUGUCCCUGAUCGACCGCUACCUGGCGGUGGCCCAGGUGGCGCGCAAGAACCUGCAGCUGGUGGGCGUGACGGCGAUGCUGAUUGCGGCCAAAUACGAGGAGAUCUGGGCGCCGGAGGUGCGCGACUUUGUGUACAUCAGCGACAAGGCCUACGACCGCGCCCAGAUCCUGGCCAUGGAACGCAAGAUGCUGGCCGCCCUGGACUACCAGCUCACCAUGCCCACCAGCUACCAAUACCUGGCGCGGCUUCUCAAGGCGGCCGGCGUGCACUAUGAGAAGCCCCUGGCGCUGUUUGUGGCCUACUGCGCGGAGCUCUGCCUGGUGGACUACGGCUGCCUGCGCUUCAGCAGCACAGAGAUGGCGGCCGGCGUCAUGUACGUAGCCAUGCGGGCGUUUGGAAAGAGCGACCCCUACCCGCACUCGCUGAUGCGCCACGCGCACAAGCGGCGCGAGGACGUGCUGCACGUGGCCAAGGAGGUCGUGCGGGUCCUGCAGCGCGCCCCAAGCAGCAGCCUGCAGGCCGUGUGCAAAAAGUACGCGACCCCCAAAUUCUGCGAGGCCUCCGCGGUCGCGCCGCCCGCCGCCGUUCUGGACGAGUGA